AUCAUCCUACACAGUACCAAAAAUUAACAAAAAUCCCAAACCCUAAUCAAUAAUUGGUGGUGAGAUCAAUGGGGACAAUAAUCAGACUUAACAAUUCGAAAACCCCAAACGAAAAUCAUAAUCAUAAUCCAAUCACAACAUCAUUAUCAUCAUCAGUUUCAUUAACCGACACAAUUAAUGCAUCACAUGAAUUCAAGAUUUCUGGUUAUGGAACAUCAAAAGGAAUAGGGGUUGGGAAAUACAUAGCUAGUGAUACAUUUAGUGUUGGUGGUCAUACAUGGGCUAUUUACUUUUACCCAGAUGGGAAAAGUGCUGAAGAUAAUUCGACGUAUGUGUCGUUGUUUAUCGCGCUUGCGAGUGAUGCGAGUGAUGUUCGGGCGUUGUUUGAGUUGUCUUUGAUGGAUCAAAGUGGGAAUGGAAAGCAUAAGGUGCAUACUCAUUUUGGGAGGGUGUUGGAUGCUGGACCGUAUACUCUCAAGUACCGCGGUAGCAUGUGGGGCUACAAGCGUUUUCUAAGAAGGAGUGCUCUAGAAACAUCGGACUAUUUGAAAGAUGAUUGCCUGUUAGUUAAGUGCACUGUUGGUGUUGUUAAAUCAUGUACAGAGGUCCCUCAGGCCUUCAGUAUAUUAUCGGCGCCAUCUAAUAUCAGUCAGAAUUUUGGCCAUCUCUUGGAAAGUGGAGAAUUGACAGAUAUCACUCUCGAAGUUGAUGGGGAAGUGUUUCGGGCACAUAAGUUGGUACUUGCUGCACGUUCUCCUGUUUUCAAGGCUCAACUUUUUGGUCCCAUGAAGGACAAUGAAACAGAUCUCAUUAAAGUACAGGAUAUAGAACCAGCAGUUUUUAAGGCUUUACUUCAUUUUAUUUAUUGGGAUGAGCUUCCAAACGCAGAAGAGGUUGUGGGAUUGAGUCCACCGUGGGCUUCAACAAUAAUGGCCCAACACCUGCUUGCAGCUGCUGAUCAGUAUGGAAUUGAGAGGUUGCGGUUUCUUUCUGAGACUAAACUUUGUGAGGAUGUAGCCAUUAACACUGUAGCCACAACUUUAGCUCUGGCAGAACAGCAUCAUUGUUUACAACUCAAAUCUGUCUGCCUCAAAUUUGUUGCUGAGCCUGAAAAUCUCAAAGCUGUGAUACAAAGCGAUGGAUUUGACUACUUAACACAGAGCUGUCCAUCUGUGAUUACGGAGCUAUUGGAGUAUGUAGCCAGGAUCAGAGAACACUCUGUAAUGUCUUAUGGGCUUCGGAAUGGAAAUGAAGGUAAUGUUGAUGGGAGUGGUGCAGAUGGGCGGCGUGUUAGACAAAGGCUGUAUUGAUGAAUGAAGUUAAAGGAUGUUGAUGCUGUUCUGAUAUGUGAUUGAUAUAUCUACCAUAGUGUGUAUAAGGAAUCUGCUGGUACUCAUUCUUGGCUGCAUCCGGAUGUGGUUCUCGUUCCAAACGUAAUGGUCCGAAUACAACGGGUACUGGCUACUGCAUAUGUUCCACUAGUCAGGACUUUAGUUGCUUCUGUUUCUGUGAGUCUAUGUAGUAAUAUAAUAGUUUGUAUCUAUAGUUAUUAUACGCUAAUUUGCUCAAACGACUCGCUUAUCUAAAUAAGUCCGAAUUCAGAUUCCAACUAUGAAAAAUCACCAAGUUAAAAUGCUUCUUUGUUAUUUAACGUUUGGUUUGAA